CAAAGGUUCAUUCGAAAGAGUUUCCGGUAUUGCGGCCAUUUUGUUUUUAAUUCUUCAAGGGUAUCUUCUGUCCCGAAUCAGUUCUGGCUAAAGGCACAAGGAAAGAAGGAAGCUAAUAUGUUCCGUUUCACGAAAACUGCUCUGAACAUUGCCGGUCACGGUGCCCGGAGAGUUGGAGUGCGGCACGGAUCUCAAACCUCCGCAGACUUCCAUAACAAGUACGGCAACAUGCUGAUGGUCUCCGGGGCUGCCUUCUGCGUUGCCGUGUGGUCAUACGUAUUGACACAGACUGGGAUAACAUGGAACUUUUCACCUGUGGGAAAACUCACUCCGAAGCCAUGGAGAGUUCCAGGAGGCGAAGAGGAGGAAUGAUUGAGAGACCACAGCUUUUCUGCGUGUAAUAAUACAAUAAACCCCUCUAUUGUCUGAACUUUUCCAAUUUACUGGUGGAGGCUCUCAUUUUCAGGCUGUCUGGUUAUCUGAUAACUUGUCACAAUGUGUACAAUAAAUUAAUGUUUAAACUGG